AUGAGCAUUGGUCAUAAGGAAUGGCAGGAUUGGGUCGUGGAGGAAGAGGAAGGGCUGGAGGUGUUCAAAACAGGAUGGGAUAGAGGGGUUUCCACCUGGGACACCCCCAACGUCUAUUCCAGUGGCAUAAGCGAGGAGAUUAUUGGGAAAGCAAUAAAACAGUUCGGGUAUUCCGUGACACAAGCUUACUCUCCUCACGAAAUGCAGUGGAACAGCACAGUUGAGGCAGAGCAAGGAUGA